CGUAUCCAGUUAUCUGUCUUAUCCACUGGCGUGACUAACGGCGUGAGGCCGCCAUUUCCUUUGGUUCUUUCGCAGCUGCCCUUUCUGUAUGGACUGUUGUGGGGUUCGAGUUUUUUCAUAAAAUUUUAACAUAAUGGGUUUCGUCAAAAUAGUCAAGAAUAAACAAUACUUCAAGCGGUACCAAGUCAAGUUUAAGAGGCGCCGUGAAGGAAAAACUGAUUAUUAUGCUCGCAAACGGCUGACUGUUCAAGACAAGAACAAGUACAAUACACCUAAGUACAGACUGAUUGUACGUUUGUCCAACAAGGACAUUACGUGCCAGAUUGCCUACUCAAGAAUCGAAGGGGACAGGAUUGUAUGUGCUGCUUACAGCCAUGAACUUCCCAAGUAUGGCGUUAAAGUUGGUCUUACCAACUAUGCAUCUGCUUACUGUACUGGCUUACUUCUGGCCAGAAGACUUCUUAAAAAGUUGGGAUUGGAUACCUUGUACGUGGGUAACACAAAUGUAAAUGGUGACGAGUACAACGUCGAGGAAUUGGAUGACGGCCCAGGUGCCUUUAGAUGUUACCUAGAUACAGGAUUAAUGCGCACCACGACGGGCGCCCGAGUUUUUGGCGCUAUGAAAGGCGCUGUCGACGGUGGUCUCAAUAUUCCACAUAGUACCAAGAGAUUCCCUGGCUACGACAGUGAAACAAAGUCGUUCAAUGCAGAUGUACAUCGACAGCACAUAUUUGGUCAACAUGUUGCAAACUAUAUGAGAUCUUUGGAAGAAGAGGAUGACGAAGCUUUCAAGAGGCAGUUCUCGCAAUAUAUUAAGCAUGGCAUCUCUUCGAAUGAUAUCGAGAACAUAUACAAAAAAGCUCACGAAGCCAUCCGGAACAAUCCAGAACACGUGAAAGUUACGAAAGAAAAGCCAGCUGUUAAGAAGAGAUGGAAUCGCGCGAAAUUGUCAUUAUCUGAGAGGAAGAAUCGUGUGGCCCAGAAGAAGGCCUCCUUCCUCAAGACCUUGGAGGAAGUAGAGGUGUAAUUGUUCUUGACUCUGGAUCAUCUUUGCAACGUUAUAUACACAGAUUCAUGUGUAUAAAUCAACCAAGAAUAAAGAAAACUUGAUACAAAUAUAUGUAUCUAUUAA